CCCUUUUGCUUUCGGGAAGCGGUCGGGGCUGCACACUCGGCUCGGCGGUCCGGCUCGCGGGCCCGGCCGGCGGGAGGCGGGACGGAGGGCGGGAGGCGGGAGGGCGCGAGCGGAGCCCGGGCGCACGUAAGCCCCAGCGCUGGGAUUUAUCGGCUCGCGGGGAGAGCGGAGCAGGCGCGCGGCCCAGGCGGAGGAGCGCCGACUCUGGAGCAGCCGGAGCUGGAGGAGGAGGAGGAGGAGGAGAGGCAGCGGGGAAGGAGGCGGAGGGGGCGAGUCGCUCCCGCCGGGCGAGCAUGGGGCGCCUGGCGCCGAGGCCGCUGCUGCUGGCUCUCCUGUGGCUGGCUCUGUGUCGAGGGCGCGUGGUGAGAGUCCCCACAGGGACCCUGGUCCGGGUCGUGGGCACCGAACUGUCUAUACCCUGCAAUGUCAGCGACUAUGAUGGCCCCAGUGAGCAAAACUUUGAUUGGAGCUUCUCAUCUUCGGGGAGUAGCUUUGUGGAGCUUGCAAGCACCUGGGAAGUGGGGUUCCCAGCCCAGCAGUACCAGGAGCGGCUGCAGAGGGGCGAUAUCCUGUUAAGGCGAACUGCCAAUGAUGCUGUGGAGCUCCACAUAAAAAACGUCCAGCCCGCAGACCAAGGUCACUACAAAUGUUCGACCCCCAGCACAGAUGCCACCGUCCAGGGCAACUACGAGGACACAGUGCAGGUUAAAGUGCUGGCCGACGCCCUGCACGUGGGCCCCAGCGGGCAGCCCCCGCCGGGCCUGAGCCUGCGCGAGGGCGAGCCGUUCGAGCUGCGCUGCCAGGCCGCCUCCGCCUCGCCGCUGCACACGCACCUGGCGCUGCAGUGGGAGCUGCACCGCGGCCCGGCCCGGCGGAGCGUCCUCACGCUGACCCACGAGGGCAGGUUCCGCCCGGGCCCCGGGUACGAGCAGCGCUACCACAGCGGGGACGUGCGCCUCGACACGGUGGGGAGCGACGCGUACCGCCUCGCCGUGUCCCGGGCGGUGUCCGCCGACCAGGGCUCCUACAGGUGUAUCGUCAGCGAGUGGAUUGCAGAGCAGGGUACCUGGCAAGAAAUCCAAGAAAAGGCCGUGGAAGUUGCCACCCUGGUGAUCCAGCCAACAGCUCUGCGAGCAGCUGUGCCCAGGAAUGUGUCUGUGGCUGAAGGGAAGGAACUGGAGCUGACCUGCAACAUCACAACAGACCGAGCAGAUGACGUGCGACCCGAGGUGACGUGGUACUUCAGCAGGAUGCCCGAUAGCACCUUGCCUGGCUCCCACGUGUUGGCACGGCUGGACCGUGAAUCCCUGGUGCACAGCUCGCCUCACAUUGCUUUGAGUCACGUGGAUGCACGCUCCUACCAUUUACUGGUUCGAGAUGUUAGCAAAGAAAACUCUGGCUUCUAUUUCUGCCACGUGUCACUCUGGGCACCUGGACACAACAGGAGCUGGCACAAAGUAGCAGAGACCACGUCUGCCCCAGCCAGUGUGGGUGUGACCUGGCUAGAACCAGACUACCAGGUGUACCUGAAUGCGUCUAAGGUCCCCGGGUUUGCAGAUGAUCCCACAGAGCUGGAAUGCCGGGUAGUGAACACGAAGAGCUUGGAGGCAGGUGUCCGUUUUACUGUUUCCUGGUACUACAGGAUGAACCGGCGCAGUGACGAUGUGGUGACCAGCGAGCUUCUUGCAGUCAUGGAUGGGGACUGGACGCUAAAGUAUGGAGAGAGGAGCAAGCAGCGGGCCCAGGAUGGAGAGUUUCUUUUUUCUAAGGAGCAUAGAGACACGUUCAAUUUCCGGAUCCAAAGGACUACAGAGGAAGACAGAGGCAAUUAUUACUGUGUCGUGUCUGCCUGGACCAAACAGCGCAACAGCAGCUGGGUAAAGAGCAAGGAUGUCUUCUCCAAGCCUGUCAACAUAUUUUGGGCAUCAGAAGAUUCCGUGCUUGUGGUGAAAGCGAGGCAGCCAAAGCCCUUCUUUGCUGCAGGAAAUACAUUUGAGAUGACUUGCAAAGUGUCUUCCAAGAAUAUUAAAUCGCCACGCUACUCUGUUCUCAUCACGGCGGAGAAGCCUGUCGGGGACCUCUCCAGUCCCAAUGAAACCAAGUACAUCAUCUCCCUGGACCAGGAUUCUGUGGUGAAGCUGGAGAAUUGGACAGAUGCAUCGCGGGUGGAUGGUGUCGUGUUAGAAAAAGUGCAGGAGGAUGAAUUUCGCUAUCGAAUGUACCAGACUCAGGUCUCAGAUGCGGGGCUGUACCGCUGCGUGGUGACAGCGUGGUCUCCUGUCAGGGGCAGCCUUUGGCGAGAAGCAGCAACCAGUCUCUCCAAUCCCAUUGAGAUAGACUUCCAAACCUCAGGUCCCAUAUUUAAUGCCUCUGUGCAUUCGGACACACCGUCAGUCAUCCGGGGAGACCUGAUCAAGUUGUUCUGUAUCAUCGCUGUCGAAGGAGCAGCACUGGAUCCAGACGACAUGGCCUUUGAUGUGUCCUGGUUUGCGGUGCAUUCCUUUGGCCUGGACAAGGCUCCCGUCCUCCUGUCUUCCCUGGAUCGGAAGGGGAUCGUCACCACAGCCCGGAGGGACUGGAAGAGCAACCUCAGCCUGGAGCGCACGAGUGUGUUGGAAUUCUUGCUGCAAGUACAUGGCUCCGAGGACCAGGACUUUGGCAACUACUACUGUUCCGUGACUCCAUGGGUGAGGUCGCCAACAGGUUCCUGGCAGAAGGAGGCAGAGAUCCACUCCAAGCCCAUCUUUAUAACGGUGAAGAUGGAUGUGCUGGACGCCUUCAAGUACCCCCUGCUGAUCGGCGUGGGUCUGUCCACUGUCAUCGGGCUCCUGUCCUGCCUCAUCGGGUACUGCAGCUCCCACUGGUGCUGUAAGAAGGAGGUGCAGGAGACCCGGCGCGAGCGCCGCCGGCUCAUGUCGAUGGAGAUGGACUAGGCUGGCCCAGGAAGGGAGUGACAGAGGGACGUUCUAGGAGCAAUUGGGGCGAGAAGAGGACAGUGAUAUUUUAAAACGAAGUGUGUUACACUAAAAACCAGUCCUCUCUAAUCUCAGGUGGGACUCGGCGCGCCCCCUUUUCUGCAUGUCAAGUUCGGAGCGCGGACACGUUUACCAGCACACGGCUCUUCUUCCCACGGCACUUUCUGAUAUAACAAUCGAGUGUGUGUUUUCCCAGCUGCAGCUUUUUAAUGGUUAACCUUCGUCUAAUUUUUUUCUCCCACUGGUUUAUAGAUCCUCCGACUUGUGUAUGUUUGUAGGUUUGUUUCGAGGGGUUGUGGUGAGGAAGGGGCGAUGGCAUUCAGAGUUCUGUGUCUUGGGCGAGGCGUGCCCACCCGUCGAGAGCCGGCUCCCACGGCGGAGGUGUGUGUCAGAGCGAGCUGCUAGAUGCAACCCUCCACCCCGGCUCGGAGACAGCACAGGCCUGUGCCCAGGCUGAUUUGUGGCUUUUACUUCUCUACCCCACCCCUAUUUUCAGGGGUUGAGACUACAUUUGAAAUCUAAACUUGGAGUAUACAACUUCUUAUUGAGCAUAAAUUGCAUUUUUUUUUCCCCCCGCUCCUCUGCCCCUUUUCCAUUUCUUUUGUAUUUGUUUUAUGUGAGAGUGCUGAAGUGGCAGCCCUGGAAUCUAGGAUUUGGCUCUCCACCGAGCACCUUACCUUGCCACCUUAGCCUUAAGAAUGAAGAUAAAGAAAAAUACACAGCCGCCUCUGUCCAGGGCAGCGAGAAGAUCCGCAAGGAAGAGGAGGUUGGGGACGAGGAAAGGAGCAGACACUCACUCCAACAGCUCUGAGGCCACUGUGCCUCAGGGCACCCCAGGGAGAGCAGAAGAGGGAUGCUGGGAAGUUAGGUUUAUGCAGCUCAAGCCAGGAGGGUCCAUGGUGCCAGGUGCGUGUUAGGCGACAGAGGCCACCACCAUUCCCCUCUCCUGCCCUCGGUGGGAGGCAAAGGCAUUGGCCACUGAGGGGCUUGCUGUGGGACCCACAGAUAUGCUACAUCCUUCACCUGCUGCUUGGGCUCCAUAACACGAAGGCAAAUUGCUGCCUGCAAGACUGACUGACUUCAAGGAAUCAAAUUGCCUGGAAGAACCAUGUAUUUUCCAUGACCUUUCAAGUCCUUCAAGUCUCUUUAAGAUGCACUGCAGGGGGUUAGCGAGAAAGAGUAUACUUUGUGGUACGUUUGCUUUCCUAUUAGGACAUGAAGGAAACCCAGCAAUUUACCGUCAUGUGAGCAGCCUACAGAGUCGAGUCGAGAGCAGUCAGCUCUGCCCGGCUGCUCCCAUCAGGAAUAGGACAGUGGACAGAAAGGGAUCUUCCGCGUCCAGGGCUUCUGCUGCCGCUUUAAAAGCGCUCCCCUCGGAGCCUCUCGCCCCCUGCACAGCACUGGCCUUUUGGAAGCAUCCCAGUGGGGUUUUCUGAGGCUCGCUGGUGACUCAUGCCCUAAUUGCAAUCCUCUGUGCUUUUAUCCUGGCUCUGCAGGAUCUAACACUGCUCUGUCUUCCAAAGGGGAAAAAAGAUUCAUUUGUUUUGAGCAAUAAAGUAAUACAAAAUGAUGGCCAUUCAUGUGCAACUCUUUGUCACCAUGGGCAGGAUGAGCCGCGCUCCUCCCAGCCCACCAUUCCCCACGCUGCCCUCUCUCUGCUGCCCACGACUGGUUCUGUACUCACCACCAAGUCACCCCCAGAGGCAGAGUCCCACCUGCCCAGGGGACCACUCAUGUGAUAAAAACUCUAAUUCUGCGCUGAUGGUAGCAGCACAGACGGAUUCCAGGCCCAGAGCCUGCAGCGGGAUGAUGGGCAGCAGGUGUGCUGCACCAGAGCCUGAGUGACCGGAGGAAGAGGACCAGGCCUUGAUGGCACUAGAUUGGGUAUUUUCUACAUGUCAUUUCCUAACUGCUAGUUCAGAGGAGGUGGUCCCGGGUGAUCGUACAAACGGGAAUUAAAGAGAGAACAAAUAUAACAGGUGCUGUAUUAGUAACUGUCAGUGCCCCCUGAGCCCUUGCGGUUAUUAAAAGAAGAUUCAGGGUUGUUGUGGCACAGGCCCUUCUUAGGAGGAAGCACAGGGACUUAGCUCUGGAUGUGACCAGGUGGCCCCAAGUGUAUGUGACACCACGGACUGGAUCAGAGCAGACACUCUUGGUGUAAAGUGACGUGCGCUCACAGGUGUACCCCUCUCUUUCAACUGCUGCUGCAGUUCAGGGCUGGAGUGUUCAGACAUUGACCUCCGCCCACAUGCCCUGUGUCCAGUGGGCCGGCGAGACUGCAAGUCACCUGGAGGCUGGGAGGAAGGAGGAGAAAGCCGAGGGCACUGUACCAAGGACCUGGUUCCUUCCAGGGACAUAAAUUUGCCUGGAAUGUGUAUUUUUAAAGUGUGAGAUGCACUCUUGUUGUACCAAAUAGGGCUCCCCACAAAGUGCUCUUCUGGAAGAGGUUCCUGCCAACAGCACUGGUGUGAAUGAAAGAAGUACCCAGCCACGUCUCACACGGAUGGAAUUGCACUUCUUAACAAAAAGAAACUUUAUAAAAGUUUGGGUUUUUUUCCUAAUCCUAAAAAGAGCCCCAGAAAGAGCUUAAGCUAUGUUCAGAUAGAAGUCUCGAAAUUACUUUAAAUCGUUUACUUUGUGAUGUUUACAUACACAUUUCACUUUUUUUAAAAAAAAGAAAAAUGCAAACUGACUUUUUAACAACUUUUCAGAUUUUUCAUGGAACAGUGGAACUCUAACUCACCAACUGGGUUAAAUCUUAAUUUAGAAAUGUAUUUAUUUGUGUGUCCCUCUCCCUGCCACCCGCCCCCCCAAUCCACGGGAUUCCUGAGAUCCUGGUACAGGAGGCCCCUCCUGCCCAGACCUUUGUCUCUUUCCCUGGUGGCUCUUGCUUCUUGCUUUGCAGACUGCCUGCAACCAUGAUUUUGUCACUGACAUCUGUGAGCCAAAGACUGAGCCUUUUUGGCAGGAAAAAUAAGCAAUACUACAAAACUUGCUACUUUUAAAAAACGUUUUUGUUUUAGCUUCACUGAUGACAACAGAGGAAGAAGGGAACUGGGAUUUGGGUAAGUUCUCCUCCACUGUUUGACCAAAUUCUCAGUGAUAAAUAUGUGUGCAGAUCACUAGAAGAAAAAAAAUUGACUUUCUUUUUUAGUGUGGCACAUAAGGAUCUGCAGAAUUUUCCAUAGAUAAAGAAAGGGUCUUGUGUAUUUUUGUCCAUAUCCAAUGUUAUAUGAACUAAUUGUAUUGUUUUAUACUGUGACCACAAAUAUUAUACAAUGCACCAUUUGUUUUUUAUUUCAUUAAAGGAAGUUUAAUUUAAA